UAUUGAUCAAUGACCAUACGACUCUCCGAGAAAUAUAAAAAUAUAGAGAGAGAUAUGGAUAUCGCCCUAAUUCGUAAAAAUUAAUCAAACAUUAGGGCAAAAUCUAAAAAGAUGUUGAAACAAAUCGUAAAUCGAGUUUCCGGUGUAUCGACGGUGAACUUAUGGCGGUGGCGGCAGCUAUAUUAUUACAAUGAUCAUCGGGAUGUUGGUAAGGGUGUCGUCGGAGCUCCGGUUUGUGAGGAUAUGAUGAAACCUCAAAUCAAAGUCGAAAUCAGUGAUAAGAUGAGGAAAUGGAUGGAAGAUUAUUUUAAGGGUGGUGUUCCCUGUAUUAGUCUUGUCGCAUAUAAUCCUAAUGCGAAGACGAUAAUCGAUGGAAAGACGGGGAAAAUCGUAGUUGGAGAAGAUAGGAAACCAUUUUUCCAUCGUCCAUCUGUUCGAUUGCCGUAUUGCAGGAUACUUGACGGUCCAAUUACGACUGCUCUGAAGGAUCAUGAAGUGAAGAAGACAAACUUGAGUGACCAUUCAAAGACUGCAGUUGAUGCUUGAUGUACAAGUUGAUGAACUUAAACGUCUGUCUUUUGUGCAAGGAACUUGAAUGAAAAUCAAGGUUAUCUGUGUAUGUAGUGUCUGUUCGAUUCUCAUAAAUGUUAAUCAGCUCUUUGACUGUUUGGUGUAUAGUAAAUUAUGUGGACAAAUUACACAGUUAAUUGCUAGGGUGAUUCUGUUUUGUUAUUUUUGGAUUGCUCUACUCUGGUAUACCUAUUUACAGAUGAUUUACCUCACGUUUAUGAUAUUAUCGAUCUCUACAGA